AGAGCGAGCGAGCGGGCGAGCGAACCGAAACGAGAACGUAACCGGAGAGAAAGAGGGGGAGUCCAAGUCCUCCUCCUCCUCUUCGCCUCUUUCCUCCUCUCCGCGUCAAAAUCGAUCGACUCCCUCUUCCUUUCCUUCCCCCCCACCUUACUUUUAUUCCCACCAAACCAACCCCUUUCUAGAAUCCCGCUCGUUCUUCUCUCUAUCUUCCGAACCCGGUCAAUCUACAGCCAAGAAUCGGGAUUUGGAGCUAUCCAUAUUGGGCCGUGUGAUCGGUUCUUGGGGCGGGCGAGAUGGAUUUGUUCCACAGGGCGAAGAUGGUCCGGCUCCGGAGCCACCACGACAAGUAUUUGAUGGCGGACGAUGACGAGGAGCGCGUGUGUCAGGACCGCAACGGGGCGUCCGGCAACGUCCGGUGGACGGUAGAGAUCUUGGACGGGCCCGCCCCGGUGCUGCGCCUCAGGAGCCGCUACGGCCGCUACCUCACCGCCAGCAACGAGCCCUUCCUCCUCGGCGUCACCGGCCGCAAGGUCCUCCAGACCGUGCCCCCCCGCCUCGACUCCUCCGUCGAGUGGGAGCCCAUCCGCGACGGCGUCCAGGUCAAGCUCAAGACCCGCUACGGCCACUUCCUCCGCGCCAACGGCGGCCUCCCGCCGUGGCGCAACUCCGUCACCCAUGAUAUCCCGCACCGCAGCGCUACACAGGAUUGGAUUCUGUGGGAUGUCGACGUCAUUGACAUACUUCCCAGCCCCUCUGCCUCUCCCACUGUGCCGUAUGCGCCGGCCUACCAUGACUGGCCUUCCUCGCCCGCCAACAGCAUGUCCCCGAAGCUGUCGAAGAUGAAGUCAUCAUUUUCUUUUUCUGGGUCGCCGCGCAAAGUGGAGGGUCGGACUAUCCACUGUUACCUCGCAGAUGAUGAUGGCAACUUGGAUGAGAGCUUCGAAGGAUCUUCCUUCAUUUUCAAUGGGCCAAGCGUGGAGGAGUUGACCCGCAAAUUGGAGGAGGAAACAAAUCUCAGCGAUAUAAUUGUGUGCUACCAGAAUCCGGUGAAUGGGAAGCUCUGCCCUCUUCAUCUGACGCUGCCACCAAACAAUAUGACGAUGCAUGUUGUGGUAGUCCAGGCCUCGUCAAAAGUGGCGGAGACUUUCACAUCUCCAAUUAAUAGAUGAAUUCAUACGCCUGCGGUAAUAUGCACUUGUUUUCUACUUGUGCCCUUCCAUUCGCAUCGACACAUGCUGGUUACUAUAUUUGGGCAUUCUUUUCAAGUGGGCAUAUAUCUUGUUUAAAGUUUGCUCUCCUUUGUUACUGGCUAUCUGCUCCAAAGAGUUGGGGGAUGCUGAACAUAUUUUUGGCAAAGAUCUUUUCCAAUUAUCUUGGAGGUUUUGUUGGAUCAGUCUAUAAAACAUGUUGAGAGAGAAUUUUCUCCUUUCAAAACCAUAUAUGAUGCGAGUUUUACUACACAUGCCAAAGCAGCUGCAUCUUCUGUAAAUUUUCAACAAGUAAUUAGAUGCAAGGAUCUCUUUUUCUGGUAUUUGGUCUUUACUGUUGCCAUUGAUGUGUUUGUUGUCCAGAUUUUUUUCUGGUAAAAGAUUAGGAUGUACUUGGAAAAUUUACUAGUUGGUAUAGCUUUUUAGGUGAAAUAUGGAAAAGCUUGUAUUCCAGGAAAACCAGAAUUCCAGGCCUUUGCUGGGGAAGGUGCUAAACAUGAAGGCUUUGUGUCCUUCACAGGAUUUAUGUUCUUUGUUUCUGGUGAUUUGUUUAUGACCUGUUCCAUUUGUCCAUUGGCGCGGAGACCAUUUUCGGCACUGGUUGUGAUUGGCCCAUCAUAUGGCAUAAGUGCGCCCUGUGUAUACCUUCAGGCUCUCAGCGUUGAUGUAUGUUAACUAGUGAAUUUAACUUAAUAGUUGACUUUUGGGUGUGCCA